GUUCUCAGGGUCUCUUGAUACACUGCAUUUCUGGAUGGGAUCGAACUCCACUAUUUCAUCUCUCUUAUUAAGGUUAUCACUUUUGGGCUGAUGGGUUGAUCCAUUCUUCUUUAGAUUGUGCUCAGAUUUUGUAUUUGACAAUUGCCUAUGACUGGAUGGCAUUUGGACAUGACCUUCAAGACAGAUUGAACAAGGGAGAAGAGAUCUUUUUCUUUUGCUUUUACUUUUUAAAGUUCAUCACCUCGGAUGACUUCACCAUAGGGAGGAGGAGACACAUUUCUAGUGAUAGUGCAAGCUCAGAUAGAUUGGAUGGCUGUGUAUUGUUAGAUGCAGAUGGACUAAGCUCUGCAGGAUCUUCAAACUCUCUCAAUUCUUCAUGUUCCUCAAAUCGCUCUUCCCAUCACACACCACCUGUAUAUUUCAAAGCUGGAAAAAGUGGUGAUGCAGAUGCAUACAAUGCCCAUUUGACUUGGCCAUAUGGAAGUUUUUCUGGUGAAUUGGACUUUGACGACAUGUCUCCUAAUCUAAGUCGUGCAUCCUCUGCUUCUUCAACUAAUAAAGGGGCAGCUUUUAGCCGAUCUUCACUAAGAGAAACUGACUCUUUUGGUGCUAGUUGUGAUGGGAAGUUAUCCCUUAGACAAGGUGCUCUAUCAGGAGCACUUUCUCGGACUCCAAGUGGUUCAUUAAAGAAUGGGGCGUCUAAUUCGUCCUUGCCAGAAUCAGGCAGGCCUUUAUCCUGCCCUCGUAGAUCUCGUAAUGGACUCAGUGAUUCUAGUGGAGAUAGUGCAGGUUCUGAUAAAGGAAAUAAAGAAAAUAGUGCUUUAAGGACUAGUCCAAUGGCUGUUCCAGUUCCACGUGGACAACCAAUUCCAAGGCAACGGCAGGAAUCCGUUAGUUCAGUGGGUAGUUGGCAGAUCAUAUCAGGGACAGGGAGUCUCCGUGGAUCUACAGGCUCGGCCAAUGCUGGUUCAGCUAGUUCGCGUUGCUCUCAUUCUUCAAUGCCAACUGACAUGAUGGAUUCUGCUACCACCAUAAAGGAGGAAGAAGGAAGCUUGGAAUCUGAACAAAGUAUAAUUAUUUUUAAUAGAGCAGAGCGCCUAGCCAAAGUCCGUUCCCUUUUUUAUACCAUUUAUGUUGCCUCCAUCGGGCUCAACUUCUCUAAUGGACGUAACGACUCUGGCUUAGGCACUCUGGUGUCAAACUUUGCUCAAAAAGUUGGUAUCAGGCCUAUGUCAUCUAAGUAGAAAAAAAGCAAGGGGGAAUGAGAGUAGCAUUCAUUUUUAUUUUUUUUUAUUUAGCCUGAAGAUAUGAAGUGAUAUAUGUACAUUUUUUUUUAUUAUAGUUGCAAAAUUUUUGUAAGCCAGUUCAUUUUUGGGUUGUUUUUUACAGUAAAUAUAUAGCUGCCAAAUUUUGAAAGCAAGAGUAUUAGAUCUGUGAAGAUCUAAUUUUGAUAUGUAUUCCUUUGUUCUAUUUUGUCAGGAAAUUAGUUGUUAGUGUAUAAAACAACUUUAAUGAACUGGUUAUAAACAUUGUGAUUUCUAUUUUUUUAAUAAAAUAAAAAUCAGAUUCUUUCAUCUCAAGAGUCAGUUUAGAUAUAUUAAAAUCUCAAUAGAAAGAAUUUGUAUAGUUUUUACAAUUUUUUAAUCCUGGACAAACAGUAUUAAAAUGUAUAUUUUCACUGGAUUCAUCCAUGGCAGUUUCAGAUUGUAUUUGUAUUAACUAUAUUAACUAAGCAACCAGUUAAUUGCUGAGAGCUGGCUACCUUCUUUUGUAGUAUUACUGUAUAAAAGGGACUGGCGUUUGUGAAAUCCAAAUUGGAUUUUUUUUUUUUUACAGUGAAUAGUAAAUCUAUUUUUGAAAGUUUUAACUUGAGGGGUUAAGAAAUUUUCUAUCAAAUAAGAUGUUCAAGAAGUAACUUUUCAAGUACAGUAAACUCGGUAACUAAGGCUUAGAUAUCAGCUGUACCGGAGGUAAGUUUUCUGUUCACUGCAUUCAAUUUGUUAAUGGAACUGUCACAUAAAGUUGGAUGCACAUGAGUCAUAAUGAAAUUGAGUAAAGUCUAAGGUAAUGUAUUUUAUCUGUCAGCCUGAUUCCUCGUGUAAUUUACAUUUUACAAGAAUUGUAAAUGCUGAUUUUAUUACACUAAUGUAGUUAUUUACAAACUUCUUAUAAAGGAAGAAUGGUUAUAAUAAAGGUUCUUUAAUGUUUUCAAUGCUAUUGUCCACUACCAGAUGUGCUGACCCAUUGCUGUUCAAAAACAAAAAAAGUGCCAGGAUAGAAUUAGUAAUACUGAAAAUUUUAAACCUAAAACUUCAGGUACCAUGUGAACUGUCCCUCAAUGUGACUUUUAACGGGUUUUCGUGUUGAAUGUUGGUAAAGUUUUGUAUUAUUUAGGAGCAUAAACUCUCAGUUCAUGUCAGUGGCUCAAUUUGAAAUGUUAUCCUCAGUAGAUUUCAAAGAAGGGUGUACACUUCCUCGCCCAUAUCAAGCACUAAUACAAAGAUUCAUUGGGGUUUUAACUGUAUUAAAUUUACUAAUGCCUUCAUACCUGACCAAGUAGAUGCAGUGUGCCAAAUACAGUAGUUUCUGAAUUACAACUGAAGCAUUGCUUGGGCCCUGUAAAAUCAAUGUUUUCAUCGUGGGAGAACUUUCAUGUAAAUGUUCUCAGUAAUUAUUGCAUGGUUGCAGAUGGUCAUUUAGUGCUGUUCACUUAAGUGUCUAAAUUUGAACUUUGGUUGAUGCCAUAAAUUUGUAACUCAGGAAAAUUAUGCAUUUGUUUGAGUUAACAAAACCAGCUGCUUUGUUUUAGUUAUGUGCCAAUUGGAAUAGUUCCAGUCUGAAUUUGUAGACUAUUUAGUGUGGUAAAUUUACUUGUUUUGCAACUUCCUUUUUCAUGAUGAAACUAUUUUAGUUAUUACCUUUCCUUUGUACUGUAUUCUUUACUACUUUGACAAAGCUGGAAGACAUGCUUAACUGUAUGCAUUUAUCUGAACUGAGUACAGAAUGAAUUUGUUCCACAAUUUUUUUAAGACUGAACCAUAACAGGUAACUAGUAUAACUGCAUGGUGAUAUCCAGUCUAAUGAAUUUCAUAUCAUAGCUGAAGAGCUUGGGACUCCUCAGGUUUAUAAAGAAUUUGCACAUCUGUGGUUUGCAUGGCAUCAAUUAAAAUUACAUGUUAGGUUCCAGCUGUAAAGAAGUGAAACUUGUGAGAGAAGAGAGCACAGGGGUUGGAAGUAUAGUUCCCAGUGUUUAGAAACCAUUCUGUACAGAAAUCAACUUGGUGGGAUAGGCAAUUUAUUCCUUCUUGGGAAAUCUUUCCAGGCUUCUGACUACUACCUUGCUGUUUGUUAUAGUGAUUUAGCACACUUUUUCCACUUGACAGCAGAAAUGCAUUGGUAAAAAAAAAAAAAAAAAAAAAAAAAAAAAAAAGUGUACACCUUGUCAGGGUUAUUAAAACCAAGGGCUCUCUGUAGCACAUGUUAAUGUGAUAACUGUGAUGAAGAGAAAAUAGUGUGCUGGGGGUUAACAUUUGUUUUAGAAUGGUUAUCCUUGUGACAAAAACUUUUAUCUGUAUAUCAAUGUAAAUAAUUGGGUAGUUGUAUAUUUCAAAUAUAUAUUGUUUUUAGAUUACACAUGGGCUGUCAAACUCAACUAGAUGAAAUUGAAUUUUGUUGGUAGUGUAUGUAAUCAAAUGGGCCCACCUUGGGGUUCAGAAUUUGUGGAAAAUGUGAUAAGGGUUUAGUUUGAAAAUGACACUUUUCUAAGGAAAAUGGUUUUACUCUAGGUAUUGGAAUGUGGAACAUUAACUUAUGCAUGAUCAUUAUUAUAAUUGGACAAUGUACAAGUCUAUGUUUGUCAUGGGGGACCUCCCUCCAGACCUUUCAGUGAGAAUUAUGUUGUAGAAUUGAAAUUUUAAAUAUUGACUGUUCUGCUGAUACACCUUGUUAAAAAUUUGUCCAGCCAUUUUUUUUCUAAAAGUUCUAUCUUAUACCAGAAUAGCCUUACAAUUACUACAUGUUCUUCGUGACAUGAGCUCGGGAAGAAGUUUUAUUUUUACUCACUGCCCUGGUUGCUUGAGCUGUCACAAACAUAUGAUUUAAUUAGUGUAUCUUCCAGAAAUUGUUCAACAAAAAUUACU